CCUCCCACCCAGCUCUAAGGAUCCGACCGUCGUCCUUAAACUGAGAGAAACCUGCAGCCACACCUUGCGUUACUGUCUUCUCUUUUGGCUUAUUUGGGGGAGGGGGGUGCUUUCCUAUUUGCCCCAGUCGUUUGAGCCCUCUCUUCCGCCGUUUUCUUUCCGUAUGUCUGUAAGCAUAAGCCUUUUUCUGUAGCCCUAAGGCCACCCCCUCUGCCUCCCAGAAAUAUCGCCAUGGCCUUUCAUCACUGUCAUUUUCUUUCACCCAACCAUGGCUUUUGUGCUGUGUUCUUUGGCGCACUUUGGCGUCCUUUAGGACAAUAGGAAUGUGAACAAUACAUAUUAUGUAGGAUUCUAUUGUUGUCAGUCACCACUGAAGUUGUGUCCUUUUUUGUGAUAUUAGUUUUAUGAUCUAUAAAGAAACCAUUUACUCUUUCUGCCUUUUUUACAUUCCUUUGGGAUAUCUCCGAGUGCAAAUUUAGAGUACAAUAUAUGGCACAAUCAAGACAAUUUAAUGUCGUGAGGCAGCCAGGUGACUGGGUGAAUAAAAAAGGGGGGGAGGGUCUGAAGAUGGGAGGUCCUGGGUUCAAAUCUGGCUUCAGACACUUCCUAGCUGUGUGACCCUGAACAAGUCACUUAACCCCAAUUGCCUAGCUCUGUCCAUUCUUCUACCUUGGAACUGCCAACCUGACAAAACAGAAUCACCAAAACAAUUACACUCAGGACAGAGGAGACAAUACUCAGAUGGCCACCACACAUCACACAGAGCCACUGCUCUGGAAGUUCUGGGGCCACCGUCUCCAGGAAAGACACCAAUAAUGGGAAUUUCUGCUAAACUAAAGAACUUGAGGUUAUAUUUAGACCUUAGGAAAUAUCUUAGUCCUAGCUAAGUCCUGGCUAAUCAAUGGGUGCUUGAUGGUUUAUUGUCCAAUCUGGGACAUUGAUCAGUCAGGGGGCUUCUUGAAGGCAAGUGAUCAGGGUAUAAGGGUAAAUUUGGGGUUUCACAAAACAAGGUUGUCACAACCAGCACGUAGUAGCUAUCCUAAGAUAGAAGUGAAGGUUUAAAAAAUCCCUGUCAUGCAGAGCUAUCAGGGGUUUUUUAGCAGUCCCAUUUAAGGGACGCUAUAAGUUCUUGGGCUCCAAUGCCUUCGUUUCUAUAUUUUCCCUCUUGUUUAUCUUCCUCUCACACUUUAAGUUGAGAGAACCCUGAAAUUCCCUGCCACGAUUGUGUUUCUUCCUAUGCCUUUUUGUAGUUCAGUUCCUAUGUCCCUUGUGAAUUUAGGUGCUAAGGUCUUUCCGUAGUUCUGACUGUGGCUCCAUGUUAUUUGAACUGUUUUAUGUCUGCCUCCAGGAUUUUCCCCUUGACUUGGGAGCUCUAUCAUUUGGCUAUCAUAUUGCUAGGAAUUUUCAUUUGAGAAUCUCUUUCUGGGGAUGACUGGUGAGUUCUUUCGGCUUCCAUUUUGUUCUCUGGUUCUAAGAUAUCUGCUUUGUUAGACUCCUCAUAUGACCAUGCCUUCCAGGUAUGAAAAUAUAAAUUGCCUUAGUGACCCACUGUGUUCUUAAUCAAUGUUGGGGGGAGGCAUGACUCAGUGGGCAUUUUUGUGUCCCACCUGUCCAGAGUGCCACUAGCUUAGGGAGGUACUGAGCUGCAAGAGCUGAUGGGAUGGGAAGCUAUCAGAAAUUGCCUGCCGCCUUAUAAAAGUUGUAACAUAAAAAAGUUGGCCCACCCUGAAAAGUGUGCUGGUCUCCAGCAAGCAGCCCCUUGUUGCGUUUAAUAAGCUCCUCUGUUUUCUUUGGUCUGAUUUGUGCCUCCCGAAUUAGGGGGAAAGCCCCCAAAGAAAGAAUUUUCUGUUGACAAUUACUGAGGCCACCAGCUUUGCCCUGGUAAGAUGGGUUUUGGGAAGGCCUCUGCAUCACCCCGGCAAUCCGGCAUCCUGCCAAAUCAGUCCACAACUGAGAGAAGAGGUGUGGUGGUGUCAGAGGGCCUCAGCUGGCUUUGUGUUGUUCAGAAUGGAAUGUCCUUCGUUGAUGAGAAGCAGCAGGCCUAAGAUGGUAAAGCAAUGCCGAAUGCCCUGCAAAGACUACCCUGACCAGUGAGUGCCCUGGAGCCCCUGCAGGCAGCCAACCUCAAGGCCAUGCCCUUCUGCCUUGAUGGGAGUUAGGAACUGCUCAACAUUCCAAGCUGUGAUGAACAUUCCGAGCGAGCGGCUCCUAUUGCUAAGCAGAGCUCUCUCCCCCAUAGCCCAAUCUGUACUGAGAUCCCAGAGGGAGAUCUGAGGUCAGGUCAUGGGCUUGAAAUUCUGCCUCAGGUUUUUUGUGGCAACAGGAAAGCGACAUGAUGGGAGCAUUGAAAGAUCUGCUUUGCCCAGGUGAACAGAGCCAGCUUCUUUCUACAAGAUGUACACGGGACGGAGCUGAGGGAGUCCUUUGACCUCUCCCAUUGGGAAUCAUUUCAGGGUUCAAUUCUGACUGGGCAGAACUGGAUUUUUCUCCUGGUGGCUGGGGAGCACAGCAUCUGUACGUGACUACUGCCUUCUCCGAAGAGAUGGGGUCACCUGCUCACUGGCUAAUAGCCAAUCUGAGAUACUCCUCAAAUUGUCUAUUCGUGAGUCUACACAAGGGCACCUUGGGGUGACUGGUCUAUGAGAGAGAACACCUAGAGAGCUUGGUAAGACAUCAAAGAUACGCAGGUCUUAAACUGGGUCAUUGCCAAUCGUCCUGACUUUUGUCUUGCCACUUGAUCUCAAUAACUCUGCAAGUUUGUACCACUCUGCUUCACCUAAACGCAGUUUCUGAGGAAGUCAGAACAUCACACCAUGAUGUCCAGGGUCUCUUGGAGAAGGAAGGACAAACAGUAAUGACAAUAGCCCAGAGCUGCAAAGGAAUUUGCAUGGGAAUGAAUGGUGGGAGAUAUCUCUGAAGGCAGACAAGGGCCUUGGCAGUUAGUGCUUUAGAGGAGUGUAAGCUUGUGUCCUGAUCUUUCAGGCUAAACUGAACCAGAUCAUUCCCUCCUGCUCCCUGUUGACUGGAUCAGCCUUUUUUUGUACCCCAGGGCCCAGCAUCAUGGGGCCUAGCGGCAAGCUCAGUACCUCUCACCUUGUUAGACAGACCCCAGGGGCCCUCGGUGCUGGCUCUUCACCAUUUAAUGUAGCUUCAAUGGCAGUGUAUCCUUUCCUAUCCAUAACCUUUGAAUGCUAUAAAGAGGUGAACACAGGGAGCAAGAGAGGCAAAUGCUCUCUAAAGGAAGAGGGCUCCGCAGGCCCUACUGGGCUACCUGGUUUGGGAGAGAUGGAUUGGUAUUUUAGCCAUUUAUUACAAACGGGGCUUGCUGUGGGUCGGGAGCCCGAGUUGGCAGCAGGGAUGGGCCACUGGGCUAGAAGAUGUCCAUGGGAUCCCUUCAAUCUGGCUAUCUUGGCCAUGUGACUGGUUUCCACCUAACUGCCAUUUCUGGGGACAGUGGAACUCUGUCUGACAAAGAGGGUAGUCCUGGUUCUUAGCAGGAUUUGAGCAAUUGGGGGGGGGGGGUCCUGCUCCAUUGCCAGACUCCUUUCGUUGCCAUAGAAACCAAGGCAAGCUUCCCUUGGGGAGCUCCAGACCACCUGGGGAUGUACAGCAAGCAGAGCUAGUCAAGGUGAGUGCUUUGUCUGCUGAGAAAGGCACACACCAGGACAUGCAGUACCACGCUGCAGUCUUUAAAAGGCGCGCUCUUCCCGGCUUAGACAGCUCUCCCUGGGCCAAGUGAGGAGAGUGCCGGGGGCGCUCCAAAGCUAGCAGAGGCCCCUACAUUCGGGGCCGUGGGACCCCGUCGGCCUCAGGUCCUCCUGGGCAGGAGAAGGAAACGGCCAGCCACUCCCUUCUCCUUGCCCAGGAAGUCCGGAGUGGGGACCGGAAGUGUAGUUGAGGACGUCAGCCACUCAGCUACGGCCCCUACGUCCUCGAGCAACUGACUGGUUGACCGGAAUGCCAGCGGACAAAGGCGUGACGCGUGAACUGAACGCUGGGUCACCGUGGUAACCGCCCCAGCCAGCGUCUCCUCAGAGGGAAGAUGUGGCUAGCUGGGGGCAGCUGCUGCCGGGUGGGGGGCACUGAAAAAAGCGCCAAACUGAAGGACAACCGGCCCCAGGAGAGAACCGUACUGUGGGAGAGGGUGGGCGUUAGAAGAGGCCGACCAAGGAGACUGUAAGACCCGGCCCCCGGCCGUGGGCCCUUGUCCCCACCUACUUGUGCUCUGGUCCCCCAGGCAGCCCCUAGGGUCACUGCUGCCGCCCACAGCCCAGCCCACAGCCCACCCCACCACCGCCCCUUUGGCCACUACUUCACACCAAGGCCCCCCGGGAGAGCCCCAGGGAAGGAAAGGUGGCCUCAGAGUCUGAACUUGAGUCCGGCAAGCGCUGGACUCCAGUCUCACGGAUUCCUUCCCUCGGUCUCCGUGCAUUCAGUCUCCUUUCCAGCCCUAACCCAGAUGGAGGCCAACGAGAAGGAUGCCAUAUCGUGGUAUCAAAAGAAAAUUAGAACAUUCGAUCAGCAGAUCCUGGAACAAUCUCUGGAGCAGAGCCAGCUCAAGGGCUUCAAGAACAAAGCCAGAAAGAUAGGACACAUCAAGCCCGACUUCAUGGACAUCGACUUGACGGGCAUCAGAGACCAACCGGAAAUUCCCUGGAUGUCGGUGACCCUGAAGGGGAUUCUUAACGUCGUCUGUUUCCCGCUGUUCAGCGAGUGGUGGAUUCAGGUGACCUCUUUGCGCAUCUUUUUCUGGUUGCUACUGCUUUAUUUUACGCAACUGGCAGUAAUUGGGCUGUACCUGCUAAGCCCUGUGAUGAGUCUCAGUGAGGUGAUGGCUCCCGUGUGCCUUAUGCUCCUCAUGGGAACUGUUCACUCUCAAAUAGUCUACACCCAGACAGCUGCUGACCCUCUGGGAAGGGUCAUCAUUCCCAGGGGGCAGUUAGGCCAGCUCACAGAGGGGCAGGACGGAAGCAGUGAAAGUAAAAGUCGCCCCUGCUUUGGUAAAGCCGGAGGAGUCGAGUCUUCCGAUUCUGCCUCGGUACCCGGCGCAGAGACUCGUGAGAGGCUCUUUAACAGCAGCCCUGCCACCAGGAUGGGAGUCCCCGAGAACGUUCCGGGCUGUCCCAGUCUGGGUACCAAGCAGAAACAUUCCCAGCCGGAGGUGAGAAUGUGGCCAGCCAAGGAGAAAAUGAACAAUUCAGACGAAGGCAAGAAUAAAGAAACAUACCGUCUUCUGGGGAAAGGGUUUUCCGACGAGAUAUCCAGUGAAGAUUACUGUGAGGACCCCCCAGAGAAAGAGAGAAGCAUAGAAGGGGCCUCCGGGGACAGCGACUUUGAAGUCAAGAAGGAAAAGCCCUGGGUUUCCUCGAAACACGUCAGCAGCACUCAGGUAAAGAAGCCAUCCCCUGCCAGGCGAUGUCACGCGGUGGGAGACUCCGAGACCCUGACUGAAUCGGAGCUUGAGUCGGCCAGCCUUACUCGGGAGAUCCUGAGAGAUGGCAGUGCCCGCUUUAGAAGCGGGAGCCUCAAGAACCUGAAAACCACCACCUUGGACACAGACCCCGAGGACGUGAUGUGGGACGAACUUUUGCAGAACCAGUCAUCAUCGUCCACAAGAGACAGCAAGGAGGCAAGUGUGAAGACCCUCUGCCCCAGUACCAAGCAGGAGCUGCAGAGUGAUGUGCAACAGAACAGCGUGUUCUGUCACCAGAACAGCAAGAACUCUUCCUCAGAACUGGUGAAUGCAAUUAUUUGGGAAGACCGUGAAUGCAAAAAGGUGACUCUGUCCGUUUUGGAACUCAGUGCCAUCAUCAAGAGAAGGGUUAAUGCAUACCAACAGGGCAAAAACUACUGGAUUCUGGGCAACCUCCUAACUCUGGGACUCGCAUUUUUUCCAUUCCUACACCGCCUCUUUCGUGAGAAGAACCCGUACCAACUACUAUCCAUUUCAGCCGAAGAACUUCUGAGUCUGUUUUGUGGGGCACCAACAUCCGGAUCAGUAAUCAUCUUAGCGACUGUGAACUUCUUCCAGCGCUUCUGUCUGAUCUGGAUAUUCUUUUUUAUGAUGUGUGUAGCAGAGAGAACAUACCAGCAACGCUUUCUAUUCGCAAAACUCUUCAAUCAUAUUACCUCUGCCAGAAAAGCCAAGAAACACGAAAUCCCCCAUUUCAGACUCAGAAAGGUAGAGAACAUCAAGAUAUGGCUGGCACUACAUUCUUAUUUAAAGAGACAGAGUCCACAGCAGUCCAUCGAUGUGGUUGUUUCCUCAGUGUAUUUAUUGACCCUCUCUAUCGCCUUUGUUUGCUGCGCUCAGAUCCUGCAAAACCACAAAACCUUUCUGGAUCAAACUUACAAUUGCGAAUUCCUGAUUUGGGAAACGGUCCUGCUGCUCUUUUUAUUGCAUCUUGCAUCCCUGGGGUCUGAAACAAGUAAGAAAAACAGGAACAUCUCAGUGCUGCUCAUGGAGCAAAUUAACUUGUAUUUUAAAAUGGAAAAGAAGCCACACAAAAAAGACCAGCUCAUUCUGGUGAACAACAUGCUAAAGCUAUCAACCAAGUUACUAAAGGAGUUGAACACACCACCUAGGCUCUAUGGCCUGACCACACAUCCUCUGAUCAGCAACAUAACUCAAACAGUCAUCCUUUUAGCCGUCCCCGGGAUCGUAAGUAAUCUACUGGGAUUCAACAUACACAUGUAAACACCUCAACUAAGAACUGAAUGGUGUGCUUGGAUUGGGAACUCUUGUUGGCACUGGAACUUAUGACCCUUUCAUGGACAAUUGCGUGGAAAACAGCCUUCCAUAUCCUUGCAUGCUAAAUGGCAUGCAACUGACCAAUCUUAUUUCUUUUCUGUUCAUAUAGUACUCAGUUGAUGGAAUAGGUUAUUGCAAUGCAAAAGGAAUGGCCUUCAGCUAAAAAGAACUAACACUCAUCCCAUUUGUGGAGGACUUUCAUCUAACUUUCAGGGAGAACAUCAGUUUAUGUCACAUCAGUAUCUCCAUUGGGAAUAAUUACAACCCUUUGGUAAAGAAGAAAAAGCCAAUCUGGAGGUGUUAAUGUACCUAAAUAGGAAUUGAAAUAAAGAUGCUGACCAAUACCGUU